UCAUUGUGAUCUAUAUUACCAACUUGUGAUCCCUGCAUUACCUUCAAGAAAAAUGGUAAAAUCAUUUCGGAGGAAAAGGGGGUCAACCAUUUUGUAAUACAUUAACAUGAUAGGUACUUCACAUCUUUCAAUACUGCUGGUCCCCAAAUAAGCCACAAUUGGUGCCGUUUAAGUGAUAUGGGUGUGGUGAACAUUGCUGCUGCGUCCAUCAAAUUUUUUAAAGUAGAAAACGUAAAAAACUUCCUUGCAACUCCAAUGAAGACUCCCUACUGGUCCUUAGCCAAUUUUCUAAACAAUUAAGAUCUGAAUUUUUUAAGCCGAUCCGGAUAUAUUUUACGCAUUAGUUAAUUUUAAAACCAAAGAUAUCAAUGAAGUGUAUUUUUUUAUUUGUAAACGUCAUUUGGCUUUAAAUGAUCAACCUUCAUUUAUUAAAAUUCAAUUAAAUUUUUUUGGCCAUACAUUAGAAAUCCUGGUCCAUAGUGUGAUAUUGCAUGCAAGACCUCGACUAGAUGUGAGAAAAAUUGUGACAGCUUGGUUCUCAACUGGAGUGAAUGUGUAGAUGUAAUACAUACAUACAUCACGGAAGAGUAGUUCAAUAAAUUGCUUGGAUAUGUAUAUAUCUAUAAAUGAAACUGAAGUCAACGGGCCUGACUCUCUUUCAUUUCUGUGUCCUUGAUUGCCAACUUUAUUAUUUCAUGUAUAGUAGAGCAAGUGAAGCAAACAAGUUUGUAAUAUUCAUACUCUGUCCUGCUUUGCAAAGAGAGGAGAGCGAGGGAGAGAGAGAGAGAAACUCACAAAAAACUGGAGUAGAAGAAGAGAUCGAUAUGGCUGACCCUGAAAAAUACUACAAUGUAUGUAUAUGCAAUGCAAUGUGGAAUGUAUGUAUAUCCUAUUAAUAAUCAAACAUAGCCAGCUAGCAACUUGAUCCUAACCCCAAUUUAUGGAAACCAGUCAUGUUCUGCUGUUACCCUGACGAGCAAAUACAUGCUGUGCAAAAAACAGAAGAUACCAUUCUCCUUGUUCCCAAACCAAUUACCACAUUUGAAACUACUGAUAAUUCAGAUACCAUAGCUUCCUAUUAGUAUGGCAACAUUUACAGAGGAACAGGAAAAGUACAUCAAAAUUGUGGGCGACGAUGGUCACAAUGGUCCCGUUGGUAGUGUCACCAUUGUGGAACCAAACCUGGCUGGAGAGCACACAGCAAGUUCCUGUGUCACGGUGGAUAUAAAAUUUGAGUCUGGAAAGGAAAUCAAUCUCUUUGUUAAAACCUUUACCACGAAUCCAGGCUAUGCAGAUUUAGUGAAGGAAAUGAAUCUGUUCUCCAAAGAGCAGUCCUUCUUUAACCUAUUUGUGAAGGAUGCGGAGCACUUGUGCGAGGAGAAAGUUGGAUCGCCGAAAGCUAUCCAAAUUUUUCCUAAAUUGUGGUAUGGUACGGAUGAGAUAAUUGUGCUGGAUAACUUAAUGAGUUCCGGAUAUGUCAUGCUUAAAAAGGAAGAUUGUCAAGAUUUCAAUCAGGCAAAGAUGGUGCUAGAAAAAUUGGCUCGUCUUCAUGCCGUGUCCUCCAUCAUGUUGAAGAACAAUGGGGUGGACAAGUUUAAGGAAAAAUAUGCUAAAGUCGUGAUUGAAGCAUUUGAAGGAGAAAGUUUUGAGAACAUGAUGUCGCCCAUGUAUGACAACUCGUUGAGGACAAUAAUCAAGAUUUUACAGAACAAUGACAUGCCGGGUAGAGAUGCGGCUUUAGAAUAUUUCAAAUCUUAUGUGGGUAAAGCAUUCCGCCAAGUUAUGGAUACCUUGGAGUACGAUACAGGGGACAAACUGCUCGUUCUUAAUCAUGGAGAUGCUUGGAAUAAUAACAUGAUGUUCCAUAAAUGUACAGAAAGCGGAGCAUUAGAUGACGUUAUGUUGAUUGAUUUACAGGUGGCUCGAAUCGCGACUCCAAGUGUGGACUUGUCGUACUUUCUCUUUACAAGUGUGAAACCUGGGGUUCGGCGAGAACAUUUUAAUACAUUGAUGAAAAUCUAUUAUGACAAAUUUUGUCAAGUGGUGACCAGUUUGGGAGAGGAAGCGCCCUUCAGCUUUGAAGAAUUGCUUCAUGAUUACGGAAGAAAGUCAGUGUAUGGCUAUUUCAUGGCUUUAACUUCAAACUGUGCUCCUGGUGCGAUGGCUGAAAUGGAUUUUGAGAAAAUGGACCCUGAAGUCUCCAAAUUGAUUGAGCAGAUGAGUGCAAUUGUUGAAAGUUGGGUUAAGCGAAAUCCAGAUGAGGCUAGGAAGAUUGCGGAAGAAACGAUUUUUUGUCAUGAGGAAUUUCUGGGUUAUAGAAAAAUUGUUACUGCUUGAUUACGUUCCAACAGAAGUAGUAGUACUUUAUUUCCGGCGGUGACAAUGUACAGGACUUUAUCGUGGUGGUAAAUUUGUUACCACACUAGUAAUAUUUGUUACUCCCCGGUGGCCGUUUAUUGCCAUUGGUAAUAGACAGCCACAAUUUGUUACCACCUCGGUAAAGUUAUUAUAGUCAUCGCCUGGUAAUAUCAAUUAUAUACCAGAUAAGUUUAGGUUGUUUCAAUUGUUUCAAUUUUCUAAUAAUUAUGACUUUAGCGGCAUAGCUUAGGAAUUUGAAUUUUAAUAAAAAUCUCAGGUUACUAAGCAACAAAAAUUUAAAGCUUGGGGAAGAAAUUCUAAACCAAUACGAUCUUGAACAUAUGCAGGAUUUUCAAAAACUCAUAUUUAAAAACUUCAUUGUGCAGUUUUGAUUUAGCCCGACUCAGGCGUAUGAUAUUUUUUGAGGUCAUCAACAACCCGAGGGGAUUGUAUAGUUGGGUCGUUCCAUGGAGACAUUUACGUAUUCAAGCUUCAUAUUUGCUAUGUAGAUAUCAUUUCUACCGACCAUAUCACAUUUCAAAUAAAUAUGAUAACUUUUGACAAUCAGUGUGGGUCACCCCAUUGGGUCUUGCGUCUGGUUGACCAUUUUCCCAAUUCAACCUCAUAGUCCAUUAUUACACGCGAUUAGUGACCUACAUACAAAAUUUCAGCUCUGUAGGACAAUUUCUGAAAAUCGGUGUGGGUCACCCAUUAUAGUCUCUUGUUGAAAAAUUAUGAAAUUUUAAUUCAUAAUCUGUCGUUAGUGGCCAUUAAUCACCUAUGUACCCAAUUUCAGCUUAAUUGGACAAUUUUUAAAAAUCGGUAUGGGUCACCCAAUAGGGUCUCUCCAAAUAUAAAUUGUCGAAAUUUUAGUUCAUAUUCUUUCAUUAGAAGCCAUUCGUCACCAUGUACCAAAUUUCAGGUUUCUACGACUAUUUUGAAAUUUCAGUGCAUAAGACCCCGACCACCCACAUGGCCCCAACCGGCCAACCAGUAGACCGAUUUUGCUCAUCUUCGAAAUCGAUUCCUAACUUUGUCCAAUAUGCAUAUGGUGAAAAUUUCAAGUCAAUCGGUUCAGCCGUUUUGGCCCAAUCGUGCAGACAGACACGACAGUUACGUAAGCCUUGAGCCGGGCUAAAAAUAGAUAAAAUUGCGCACUAUGGUCAAUCUAUUAAAACCGUAGACAAUUUUGUAUGCUACGCUUACGGCGCGCAGGUUACUGUUUUAUUACAUGGAAUAUACUAAUUUAGUUAUGCUUGAUUUUUAAAAUUUUAAAAUUUAAUUAAAAUUAAAUUAAAAUUUUGAAACUAAAAAUUUAAAUUUCCCAAAAUUAAUCUCACAUUCCUCAAUCCCGCAAUUCUGCUCUUGAUAAAUUCGUAUCUUCCAUCGAUUCCAAUUUUUCACUCGUUUUUACAAAUUUUGAUUCCAACUUGGUCACAUUUUUCACCAAUUUUAACCACUUAUCUAGAACUAAGAGAUAAAUCGGACUGGUCUCAGUCAUGUCUAAAUCAUCUCCUCGGGCCAUCACAGAUUGCGCAGUUGGUUUAAAGAAUGCCGGCAUGAAGGUUGAAGACCACGCCUCAAUUUCCCCGGUGAUAUGCUCAUGUGCCAAAUUAUGCGCUGUGUUUUGAUCCUGAAACGAUUCAUCCAAACGUUUUAACUUGUCCUCGACCUACAUCGAAAGGCCAUCAAGCUACCAUUGGAAAAUUUCCGACUCGUUUUUCACACUAUUUUGUGUUGACUGGAGAUUAUGUAAAAUAUAAAUGAAUAAAAUUUUAGGUAAAUACUCAAUUUGGGCAGUACUGCUUAGAAUAUAAUCGAAACGCCUAUUUCACAAUUUUUAUGUUCGAUACUACUGAUGACUAGGGUACAGAUUUUAUAUGAAUGGAGGACAGUCGGGGAGAUUACGUUGUACAAAUUUCUAAAUUUGCUACAGGUAACCGUAAUUUUUCUACACAAAAUUGUUCUUAAGUGACCAAUAAAAAUAUUUUUUUUUGUAUAUUUAAUUAGCUAUUAUUGCAGUUUGUCAGUAUGUGGCCACGUUUAAUUAAAUUUACCUAUAGUUUAUCUAAUAAAACCUCAGCAUUUUUGUGUGGCAUCC